UCACGCAACACGCGCCUACGUCAUAAACGCGCGACGUGUUUUCUUUCCUUCCAUGAAGCGCGCUAGGGAGAUUACUAACCAUAAAUAUAUCAGGAAUUUGCUUUAAGAGUAGCAAGGUGUUUCUUUCAAAAUGAGUGAGGAUUCAUGUUCUUAUCCCGAGAGGGAAAUGAAGGAUUUCCAGUUUCGGCAGAUGAAGAAAAUAAGAGUUUUCGAGCCUCCUGAUGAUUUACCAAAGGACAGGUCUAAUUUACUUGUCCUCUCAAACAAAUACGGGUUAACCUUUGUUGCUCUUGACAGAAUAAUAAAAGUUUACCACACAGCAGACAUUCUUGCUGCAGAUAAAGUUGAUGGCAGCUCUAAUAAAAUAGUGGAGGGGAUACCAGUGGUGGCAGACGUGGAUUUGGAACUGCCUGUGCAUCACUUGGCUCUCAGUUGUGAUGAGCUUACUUUGUCAGUGUGUGGCAUAUUUGAAGUCACAGGUCUGUCCCUGGGCUUCUAUGACAUCCGCACUUUUGUGAAUAAGACAAGACCGCAGAAGUUACCUUUUGCUUCAAUGCAGCCAGCAGUCGGCCCAGGUGUUUUCGUGCAGGACCUGAAGUGGAACCCUGCUCAGGCGUCCUUGUUGGCUGUCUGUCUUUCUGAUGGCAGCAUGAUGAUUUUGGAUGUUAACGACAGUGUGGGAGUGCAGGCUACGCUACCUGCUGUAAAUGGCAUCACAUGCAUUUGCUGGAGUCCCAAAGGAAAGCAAGUGGCAGCUGGGAAAAUGAAUGCCACUGUCAGUCAGUAUACUCCAGUUCUCGAAGAAAAGAAAGUUAUCCCAUGCCCAAGUUUCUACAGCCCUGACAAUCCUGUCAAAGUUCUAGAUGUGCUGUGGCUGAGAACAUUUGUAUUUGCAGUGGUGUAUGCUGCUGCAGAUGGGUCUCCUGAGACGCCCCCUGAACUGGUGGUGAUCACCAUCCCUAGAAAAGAGGAGAGAGUGGAGACUCAGUAUGUCAACUUUGGUGAUCUGGUAUAUGGCACCUGCACUGAACGACAGCACCGCUACUUCCUGAGUCACAUCGAGGACUGGGACGUUGUUUUUGCAUCAUCAGCAGCUUCCACUGAAGUGAGCGUCAUAGCGAAGCAAGAAGAUAAGAAUAACUGGGAGUUGUGGCUCCUGGAGGAUGCCAGCAGGGCUGAUCUUCCAGUGACUGUGACAAAUGAAGACACCUUGCCUCUUGGCUUAGCCAUAGACUUCACCAGCCAGCAGGAGAUUCAUAUCUCUGAUGAGAAGAUCUUGCCCCCAGCGCCCAUCAUGGUAUUGCUUUCCACUGAUGGAUUACUCUGCCCAUUUGCUGUGCUCAACCACAACCCUGGAGCCAAACCACUCAUUUCAGCACCAACGUACCUGGCCAUAGAGGGAGAGCGACUACCCAAAGCAGGUUCUCUGGCUCCCCCACCUACUAAAAGUGCUGCCUCCACACAGUUUGCCCCAGCAUCCUUCCCAGCCCUUUGCUCUGCUUCAGCAGUUACUUCUGCUCCUCUCCACACUACUGCCUCUUCUUCUUCAGCCCCUCUCUCCAUUGCUUCUUCAGCACCUGCAAUAUCGUCGUCUGGAUUCACCUUCUCAAUCCCAACCACCACUUCAGUAACAGCCUCUUCAGCUUUUCCUCUGGGAGAUUCAGUCGCUUUUAGUUCAGGCUCCUCUGGCUUUUCCUUCACUGCCAAGCCUCUUUCUGAAGCCCCUUCAGCACCUUCACCAUUUUCUUUCAGUAUCCCUUCCUUCAAAUCCUCAACAGUGGCUACCCUGGGGCCAACACCAGCUUCCACACCUCAGAGUCUUGGUACUCCAUCAUCAUCUGCACUGAAGCUGAGUUUAAAUGACAGAUCUUCUGUACUGGAGACUCUGCCACCAUCCAACCAGUUAUUCUCCAUAAGUUCAUCUGUGCCCAAAACAGAAGUCUCUGAUUCCAGCAGUUUGACAACUCCUCCAUUCUCUGGCAGCAAGACACCAGCCAUGAUAGCACCCAUACGUCCAGUCCAAACAAGCACAACACCUACAGUUGUCCAGAAACCGACCCCUGCUUCACAGAGCCGUAACUCCACUCCACAGGCUGCUGUUAAUGUGAAGGCCUUGGAAAAGCAGCUACACCAAAAGAAAGACACUGAUCCUAUUAUGGCUGCCAUGUUGGAAGAGAUUGCUCAUUUCCAGAAGGAGCUGGCUGAUUUUAACAAAAGUAUGAAACAUGAUUUCAAGGUUGGUACCAGCGAGGAGAUGAAGACACUGAGGAAAGAGUCAGAAGACUUCCACAUUUUCACCCUUGAGAUCAAGGAAACGACAGAGUCUCUUCAUGGAGACAUUGGUAUACUGAAGACAACCUUACUGGAGGGCUUUGAAGGACUAGAAGAAGCAAAUUCUCAGAAUGAGCUCAGCAAAAGCAAACAGUACUGGCAUCUUCUGUGCAAGAAACCUCUGGACCCUCGCAGUGAAGAACAGCUGAAGGAGAUUCGCAAACUGUACCAGUAUGUCAACUUUACUGUUGAUGAUGUCAACGAUGUGUUGGAUGCCCAGUGGGAGAACCAUGUGGAAAAGAAAAAAACAAAGUGCAUGGUGGUACCAUGGAGACAUAGACUGUUCUCUUCACUGUCUAACAACUAUUACAUCAUCAACCAGCAGAAGAGUAGAUUGGAUCAGCUGAUUCAGAAGCUCACAUCCCUGUGCCUCUACAACAAGCCCUCCACUUGGUUAGAUGAUCCACCACAUGCAACCCAAAGUAAUGCCACAGCAACACCUGCCAGUAUGGAAGCUGAGCUUGCAGCUCUAAGGGAUGCACUCCUAAAAACCAGGCUAGACAACACACCUUCUAAGACUGAACCCGUGUCUCCAGUUAAGAUAUCGUCAGCUAAACAGUCUCAGCUGCGUAACUUCCUGUCCAAAGGACGGAUGCCUCCUGUUCGCUCGACGGCACCAGCCAACCUGUCUCGCUCAGCUUUCCUUUCGACAAAAUACUAUGAAGACUUGGAUGAUGUGAGCUCAACGUCUUCCCUGUCCCAGUCUCUGGAGCCUCACCCAGCUCACUUGGAACUAGAGGAGGAGGAAAUCCAGUCAGAAUUCCCUGUGACUUCUUUGCCCCCAGCAUUGUCCACCCCCCGCCAUCCCACAGUGGUUAGAACUCCCUCCAUCCAACCCGGAUUUGGGGCUAUUCAGUCCACACCUUUACCCAAAGUCCACUCAGUACAGGGCAUGGGCUUUGGACUCAGCCCGAUUGCCAACCCUGUUCCAACCAGUAAGAUCAACCUCAGUGCGGCGGAUAGCACUGCUCUUGUCACAAAGACGGUGAAACAUGGUGCUCCACUGACUGAGAAGACCAUACCUGUGACCAUCUCUGCUCAACAGGCUGCAGCCACCGCUGCUCUCCGUAGACAGAUGGCCAGCCAGAAGCCCGCUACAGUCAGUGCUUCACUGACAGAGUCCACUCUGAAGACUGUUCCUCAGGUCGUCAAUGUUCAGGAACUCAAGGAUAAAGGUCCUGCUCUACCCAUUUCCACUGUCAUCAGCUCUUCUGUACCAGAUCCAGCAGCUUCUGUGUUUCAGCAAGUCUUGGCAGCAGUGUCUUCCAAUCAGGCCAAACGUAAUCCUUCCCAGGGUAUCUCGAAGGUACCUUUUGAAAGUAUAUCUUCUACACAACCAAGCUUUGUUUUUGGUGACUCUUCCAAAGCCGAUGCAUCUGUGAUUCCUGCUACUUCAGUGGAGCAAAGCAACAGCAAAAGUUUCUCCUUUUCUUCACCGACCCCGAACUUUAGUUUUACUUCAGUUGCACAGGGAGCUGGAACAUCUCAAGUGAAGGAUGUGAAUAAAUUCUCUUUUGGUGGAAGUGGAAAGAUGGUGUUUGGCCAGACAGCAGACCAGCCUUUCUCCUUUGUUCCAAAGUCUGGCUCCUCUGGUCAAAGUACAGGGUCUUUCACCCUGUCUACAAACUCAUCAGCAGAUGCAGCCAGGCCCUCCAGCAGCACAGCUGCUCUACGGAUAGAGCCACAGCCUUCUAAAGCUGUUGGAGGAGAGACUCUGGGCAGUUUCUCUGGACUACGUGUUAGCCAGGGAGAAGAAGUCAAAGAUCUCUCCACCAAAGUACCUGCUGAUUCAUUUAGCUUUAGUGAUAGUGGACUUAGUGUAAACAAAGGGUCGGCCCAGUUUACCUUUCGUGUUGCCCCACAGAAGCCUGUGGAAGAUUCUACAACUGCAGACUUGAGCAAGGAGGCGUCGUCAGAUAGUUUGUUUAAACCCCCAGAAUCAAACGCGCAGCUGGCCUUCUCUGUCCCACAGUCUAACUCGAACGUGUCAGGCUCGCGUACAUCUUUCAGUAGUCUCCUUGCAGCCCCGUCAGACUCUGCAGAGGAAUCAAAAACUCCAGUACAUCCGUCAGAACCCACACCUCCACCCGAACCGGAACCUGCCACUGAACCAGCUGUAGGUAUUAAUAACCCCUCAGUAUUACCUGAUCUUCCAACAGUUACAAAUGUUGGUGAAACCACAGUAACCGCAGUUAGAGUUUCAACAGUUUCAGCUUCUUUGGCAAAAGCUGCUCCCAAUGUAGAACCUUCCUCUGCCAUCCCCCCACCAGCUGAAACAACUGCUCCAACGACAUCCAGUGCUGCACCUGCAACAGAACCAACAUCAGACAUCAUAACGGCCACUGCUUCUGUGCCCGCCUCAGCCUCUACAACUCCUUCUGUUGAAACUGCCUCACAGGCGCCCUCACCAGCUUUCCAGGUGGCAACAUUUGACAAACCAGGUUCCAUUUUCACUCAGCCUGCAACUGUAACAACAGAUAGCAGUAGCAUUAGUGUCACACCAGUUAUCAACACAGUUGCCCCCUUAGGUACCACAACCACCCCAACGACUGUUAACAGUACAACCACUGCUGCUAACACUGUGUUUGGACAACCUGCUGUAGCUCCUGCUUCCUCAGCCCCAGCCCCUACAGGAUUUGGUUCAGCAGGAUUUGGCACACCCACUGGAAGUAGUUUUGGCAAGUCAGUUUUUGGUCAGGUGGGUGGCUUUGGCCAACCUAACAGCAACACUGGAACUGCCAGCGGCUUUUCUUUUGGUCAGUCAGUAUUUGGAGGAAGUUCUGGCAGUACCACUACAGGAGGAGGAAAUAUUUUUGGAGCAUCUACGCCAAACAAUGCCAGUUCCUUCUCUUUUGGCACAAGCAGUGCCAAUACAGCCUGCACCACUAGCACUAGUCUGUUUGGACAAAAUGCAGCUCCAGCGUUUGGACAGCAAGGUUCUGUAUUUGGCCAAAAUUCUGUGUUUGGAAGUAAGACGACCACGUCCUCAUCUACAGGAUUCAGCUUUGGGCAGCCCUCAGUUUUUGGCUGUUCCUCUGCUGCUCCUGUGUUUGCCCAGCAGCCUAAUAGUGGGAGCCUGUUUGGACAGCAGCAGCCGUCAGCUAGCGGGAAUGUGUUUGGUUCAAGUUCAACCAAUACAGCCAACUCGUCCAGUGCUGGAGGGUUCUUCAGUGGCCUCGGAGGCAAACCCAAUGAAGAAGCUGCCAACAAGAACCCAUUUGGCACCACUGCCUCCCCUGGAGCCUUUGGGCAGUCUGCUCAGACAGGUACCAACAGUCUGUUUGGGAGCAGCGGUGCAAAGACUUUUGGCUUUGGACAGUCUUCCUUUGGGGACCAGAAACCCAGUGGAACCUUCAGCACUGGAGGUGGCAGUGUUGCUUCUCAAGGCUUUGGCUCGUUCUCUACUCCAACAAAACCAGGUGGAUUUGGCAGUGCACCGGUGUUUGGAAGUCCCCCUUCUUUUGGUGGUUCCCCAGCUUUUGGUGGUGCAGCAGCUUUUGGCUCAGGCCCCUCAUUUAGCAGCUCAAUGGGUUCCUCUCCUGGUAAAGUGUUCGGCGAGGGCACAGCGGCUGCUAACGUGGGAGGAUUUGGAUUCGCCUCCCCAUCCAGUGCCCCUUCCUUUGGCUCGCUAGCCAGUCAGAACGCUCCAUCCUUUGGGAGCUUGGCUCAGCAGGGCUCAGGGUUUGGAAGUCAGCCCAGCAGCUUCUCGGGCUUUGGGCAACAGCCACAAGGUGGAGGAUUCUCUGGAAGCGGAUUUGGGUCCUCAAACCAGCCAACGUCUCAAACAUUUGGCGGUUGGAGAAGCUAGAUUUAUUCAUCAAUGUCCACAAGCAAGAUGGUGACACCGCUGUGUUUUAAGUAAUCAAGAUCUUUGCAGCUUAUAAAGGGGGACUUUAAUAUUUGGUUUGAAGUGUGAAUGGAAAAGUGUGGUAUUGAUCGAGGUAUCUGCUGUAAAUACACGGGGAGUAUUCAAAAGUAGAAGAAUACCAGGAUUCACCUCUCUUGAGCAAUUUUCAUUUAAUUCUCGAAUUGUGCUUACAGCAUGUUUGUAUAGAACCUAUUUCAUCCAAAAUUCCUGUCUAAUUUUUAACUGAUGAAUGUAUUUACAUAAAGCAAAUACAAAAUAUUCAGCUGCAGUCAUUGUGGAUUUUUUUUUUAUUGGCAAAGGUAUAUUACAAAAGAUUUGUUCUGUUAAACCCAGUGUGAUAUAAAUAUUUUUUAUAUGAAAACUGGAAAUAAAUGGAAUUUAACAAAUAUUUGUGCGUCUUAAUAUUUAUAGAACCCAGUAGUGGUGAACGCGGGUAACCGACCGCUAGUCCACUGACUGAAAAUUUAGCUGUCAUAAUGCUUAACCAAUAAAUCACUGAAGCUGCAGCUACUUUUUAUAAUGUAAUUAUUUAGAAUGUAACUUUGGCUUGGGGUUUUUGUUUUGGUUUUUUUUUGUUUUGUUUUUUGUUUUUUUGGAGGGGGGUGUUGUAAAACCCUUUAAAAAAAAAAGCUAGAGUUGAAAUUUUUAAGUAAAUAUGGAGUAUAAUUAUGGACUUUUCAAAAAAGGUUUAUUAUGCUAAGAUUGGAUGUGCAGAUAUAAUUAAAUGAACUGAAAUUAAACAGUAGU